UUUUCAUUAACAUCUAAAUUUAGUAAAAACAUGCAGUCAUUCCUUGCAAAUGCUAGCCUCUGUAAAGCUGAAUUCAUAGGUGAAUUGUUUAUAAUUAAAAAAUAAAUAAAAAUUGCAAAUACCCUUGUACCAUACUGUACCAAGGAUGAUUCAUGCAAGAACAGUGUGUACAGUAUUGUACACAGCAUAUUUCAGCUACAGAACUCUGGGGAUUGUGGGUGAAAUAAAUGGAACAUUCUAGUGCAGGGAUGGUGAACCCAUGGUAUAUGCACUCACCAUGGUGCCCACUCUGGUGCAUGCACUCACCAUGGUGCCCACUCUGGUACAUGCACUCACCAUGGUGCCCACUCUGGUACAUGCACUCACCAUGGUGCCCACUCUGGUACAUGCACUCACCAUGGUGCCCACUAUGGUGCACGCACUCACCAUGGUGCCCACUCUGGUACAUGCACUCACCAUGGUGCCCACUCUGGUACAUGCACUCACCAUGGUGCCCACUCUGGUACAUGCACUCACCAUGGUGCCCACUCUGGUACAUGCACUCACCAUGGUGCCCACUCUGGUACAUGCACUCACCAUGGUGCCCACUCUGGUACAUGCACUCACCAUGGUGCCCACUCUGGUACAUGCACUCACCAUGGUGCCAUUUAAUAUUGUGUACAUGAUAUACUUAAGUGGCUACAUCACUCACAGUAAAAUGAUUGUUAACAACUCAAGGGUUUAAACUGCUCACACUAAGAGAUUAAUAUCACUGUACAGAUAAACUGAUCGCUUUUUUAUUUGGUCACAAAGUUAUUGAUGCGUGAAUAUGAACAUUUUACAACCUUCAACUGUGCACCUGGCAAAGAAAAUAGAUCCAAGCACAAAGUUCAGUUUUAAGCCAAGAAGAAAGACUGUUCAGGAUAUCACAAUUUUCUUCACUAAUAAUAAUAUCUCUGUUAGCUGGAAUCCCUCUUAACCGGAACUCUCCCAUAGCCGGAAUUGAAAUUUUCUCAGAAUUUUCCAGAAAAUUCUGGGUUUGGGAACGAUUUUCCGAAGGACAUUUUUGGACAAUUCUGAGAAAAUUUCCCAAUACAGUACACAGAAAAUUCCAAGGAUGGGGAAUUUUUUUCUGGUUUUGAGAGAUGAAAUAAUGCAUCAUUAUGAUAAAUUCUGAGGAAAUUCCAGUACAGUACCCAGAAAAAUUCUGGGGAUGGGGGAUUUUUUCCGGGUUCGAGAGCUGAUGUAAUGCACAAUUUCCGGAACUUCCAAUAUAAAUUUCCCAGUACAGUACAGUACUGUACUCUGAAAAUUCCAUGGAGAAUUUUUUCCAGCUUUGAGAGUCGUCUCGUUACCCAGUAAUCUCUCAUUCCCAGAAGUGCUCUGUACCAAUUGUUCAGGCAAAUGGAGGUAUCACUUUUCCAAUUAACUUAAAUGCUGAAAUAAUGAGAAUAAAGCAAAUAUUCUGUACAGUAAGACUAAUAAUGGCUGUUGCCUUGGUCAGGCUCACUAUGUGUUAUUGUUACCCCAUAGAACAGAACAAACUUACUUUAAGCCUGUGUUGUGUUUUCAGUUGGCAUUGUCUACUAAAUCCAGUAAAAAAGUCUCUUAGUUAGUAUGACUGUGUUAAAAGCAAAGUACUGUAGUAAUCAAAAUUUAUUGAUAUCAAACUGUUUAAGAAUCCAUGCACGACGUUUCAAUUUUAU